AUGGCCAAAUGUCAACAAACGCAGAGCAGACGACAACUAGCUCGUCUGUCCAGUGAUAACAAAUAUGACUAUAAAGCUGAAAUGUGUAGCACUAGGAAAAAACGGCAUGUUUCAUUUUUAGGUGCAUUUGUAUCUGGUGCAUCAUCUGGGGCUUGUUCCACAGUUCUGUUUCAGCCUUUUGAUGUGGUCAAGACUCGAUUGCAAGAAAAUGCCGCUUUCGGACAAAGCACUCAGCAAAGGAGAGGCAUGAUGCAGGUAUUCGGCCACAUUGUACAGAAGGAAGGACCCAAAACGUUAUGGUCUGGAUUAAUCCCAUCCUUGUGGAGAUGCGUGCCUGGAGUAGCCAUAUAUUUCACAUCCCUCGAAGUCAUGCAAAGCAUUCUUCUCGAGGGAGGAAACAAGCCUUUAGAUCCUUGGCACGCUCUGGUUGUUGCAGCCUCUGCCCGAUGUGUGGCUGGAGUUUUGUUGAUGCCUUUCACUGUGAUCAAAACUCGUUUCGAGAGUGGGCACUUUAAGUACAAAAACGUGGCUGAAGCUCUGUCUUCCAUCUACCGCUUAGAGGGUGGGCGCGGGCUGAUGACAGGCCUGGGAGCAACACUCGCGAGGGAUGUCCCGUUUUCGGCCGUCUACUACGCAGUUUACACUCAACUCAAACAACUCCAGCCGGGAUCGACCAUGGGCAAGAGCUUCAGUUGUGGACUUGUGGCGGGCAUCGUCGCCUCCGUGGUUACUCAUCCGGCCGACGUCGUCAAGACUUCUAUGCAGCUUUUCCCGUCACGCUAUCAGCACCGCACACGGGAAGCUGUCCUCUCUGUUUACCGCCGCCUGGGAGUUAAAGGUUUCUUUUCCGGUCUGAUGCCUCGCCUAGUCCGCCGAAGCCUCGUCUCCGCCUUAUCCUGGACCGUCUACGACAAAGUCAUGCAUUCGUUUCAAGUGGCCUAGAAAAUCGUCAUCUUCCUUCGUUCUUUUUGUUUUCUUCUUCUUCCUUUUAGUCAGCUGGGUAAAUACCCAGCACAUUGCAUCAUGGAAACCAGAAAACGGGAUUGUAUAAACGACUAUACAUAAUAGAGAUUAUUCCCUUGUUUAUUUUUCCAAAUAAACUGGACACCGUUUAAUGAA